AUGCUGGUCAACCCAUGCAGGGGAAACAUCCUGUUCCCAUUCCACCUCUCCACCAAUCGUAUUGAUGCAAUCACCAUGGAAAGCGCCAUUGAGGAGGCUGUUCGACAGGCUGAAGAGCAGGACAGAUCACAGACCGGUGACACUGGUGAGGGUUUCUGGUUUGAUAACGUUGCCAUGACUCCGAUGCCUGGCAGUAACGUCUCUGUGUCUGGAGACCACCGUCAGAGCGAGGAGGUAUGUCUCCCAGGCGACAUGGGCGGCUUGACUCCCGUGUCCUCGGAGGUAUAUUCCAACAUUUACGGCCUCCAGCAGACGAGGUACGUGGAACUGUCGUCUACCAGCGAGAGUAGGUCUGCGACCGAAAGCCGCACGAUACAAGCAAAUCACGAUGCUCCCAGGGAAGUAACCAUGCCAGCAGCUGUCCCCAUCCGAGAAGAGACGUCGAUGCUCAGAAGCACCGACAAGCUUUGUUCAUAUGACGCCAGCUUGCCGUAA